UCAACAAUCAUGACUGAAAAACAAUUCUGGCUUUUCUUUAUUCAUUCAUGGAUGUGCUUCGAUGUAGCACAGAUGACAGUGAACUGGGAAAUUCAACGUUAUGAUGGGUGGUAUAAUAACCUAGCCUAUCAUAGCAUGGGUUCCAAAGGCUCUAAACUGAUGCGUCUCAUCCCAGCAAGUUACUCUGAUGGAGUUUAUCAAGUAGCAAAAGAACCAGAGCUGCCAAACCCACGGGAAAUCAGUAAUACAGUCAUGAAAGGAGAGUCAGGUCGUCCAUCCUCUAGAAAUUUGACAGUGAUGGCAGUAUUCUUUGGCUAUCAUGUCCUUUCAGAAAUAGUGUCUACAGAAAUGCCAGCAUGUCCAGCUGAAUUUCUAAAUAUUCAUAUACCUGUUGGAGAUCCAGUGUUUGACCCUGAGAAGAGAGGCAAUGUGGUUUUGCCAUUCCAAAGAAUUCAAUGGUCUAAAGAUAGCGGGAAAAGUCCCAACAACCCAAGAAAUCAGAUCAAUACAGUAACAGCAUGGAUAGAUGGGAGCUCAAUCUAUGGCUCAUCACAUUCUUGGAGUGAUGCUCUAAGAAGUUUCUCUGGAGGAAAGCUGGCUUCUGGACCAGAAGGAGUCUUUCCACCAUAUGCCACGCAAAGUCUUCCUAUGUGGAGAGUUCCAGAUCCUUCAACAGGCAAAACUGGGAAUGAUGGAAUAUAUAGCUUUGGUAAUGCUAUGGGAAAUGAAAGUCCAUUUAUCCAAGCAGAGAGCCUUGUUUGGUUUCGAUACCACAAUUUUAUAGCGGAAGAACUGGCAAAGAAGAACAGUGAUUGGUCUGAUGAAGUUUUGUUUCAGAACGCAAGGAAAUGGGUGAUUGCAACAUACCAGAAAGUUGUGUUUUAUGAAUGGCUCCCUACGUUCCUCCCUGUAUUGCCACAACAUUUGACGAAAUAUAAUGGGUACAAACAGCAUGUGGAUCCAAGCAUAUCUCCAGAAUUUUUGGCACUAACAUCACUAAUGUUGUAUACCAUGACGCCUUCAGGAGUCUAUAUGAGAGAUGAAAAUUGUACAUUAAUAAAUGUGAAAAAUAGGGACGGUGGAAAUUCAUCUGCUCUUCGCUUGUGCAACAAUUACUGGAACCGAGAGAACCCCAACCUGAAAACUCUGGUUGAUGUUGAUAAUUUGUUGAUGGGCAUGUGUUCUCAAAUAGCUGAAGAAGAAGAUCACAUUGUAGUGUCAGAUUUGAGAGACUACUGGUAUGGGCAGAUCAAAUAUUCUCGAACAGACUUAUUGGCUUCUAGUAUCCUACGAGGGAGAGACAUGGGACUUCCUAGUUAUAACAAAUUAAGGAACCACUAUGGAUUUCAACCUUUAGACUGGGACAAAAUCCGUAACCCCAUCAUAAGAAAACAGUUAAAGGCAUUGUAUGACGAUGACAUUGAAAAGCUGGAGUUUAUUCCUGGAGUCUUGUCAGAGAUUGAUGGUCCGCUUAUAGCUGAAAUCAUCUUAAGUCAAUUCAAUCGAACAAGAGAAGGAGACAGAUUUUGGUUUGAAAAUUUGAAAAAUGGGUUGUUCACAUCAGAUGAAAUAUCUAAUAUCAUGAACACUAGCUUUCAUGAUGUCCUUGUCUCUGUGAAUGAUGCAUUUGAGAAGGCAACUAAGAACAAUGUCUUCAGGAAGAACGAUGAUCCAUGUGUUGAAAUCCAACAGCUAAAAUCUGAUGACAUGGAGAAGUGUGUGCCACUUAUGGUCACAGACUACUUUGAAGGAUGUGCUGCUGGAUUUGGAAUCACAAUUGCAGCUCUUUGCUGUCUUCCUAUUGUGAGUCUUAUAAUUGCCCUGUUGGUUGCAAGGUAUCGAAAGCAAACUUUCCUCAAAAUGCAACCAAAGACUGAAGACUCUGGAGUCAGAAAAAUGAAUAAUAGAGAAGGAUUUCCAGCCUCAGAAUGGUGUGGAGGAGAUGAGCCUUUCCAACAUGUCUUCAUUCAGUUGCAUCCAAACCAAGUCAUUACGGUUAUAGAUGGUACCAAAUCGAACACCAGGACAAUCAGGUUACAGAAUCAGCAGAAUAUAGAGGUCACCUUCUCAAAUAAUAAUGGUAGCAGAGUUGCCCGAGUUAGGAUCCCCAAAGAAUAUGAUCUGGUGCUCUUUUUUAAUGACCAGCAUGAUAGAGAAGCCUUCAUCAAAAAGCUUCAGACAUUUUUUGAUGACUGUGGAGUUUCCUAUACUUUGACUGCAUUGCGAGAAAGAGACCUCCUUAAAGACUCUAUUUCUAAGAAAAAAAGACAAGAGAUGCUGGAGACGUUUUUCAGAAAUUCACUCUCCCAUGUGUUUGACAUUGAGAAGCAAAAUUCAGGAGUAGUUCACAAGCAGGAAAUUUCUGAAGCUCUGAAGUGCGAGUUGUCAAGGGAAGAGUUUGCAGAAUCAUUGGGGCUUGACCCUAAAGCCCAUUUCGUGGACGCCAUGUUUUCUGUUGCUGACGAGGAUGGCAAUGGCUACCUGUCCUUUAAUGAAUUCUGCUACAUACUGUGCAUAUUAUUAAAAGACUCAGUGGAAAACAAGUUAAGAUUUAUGUUUGCAAUAUACGAUGUUAACGAAACUGGAGUCCUCACUAAGGAAGAGUUUACUCAGAUGCUCAGGUCUUUCAAUCAACUAUCUAACUUUCUUUCAAGAGAUCAAACUGAGCAAGUCAUUGAUAGUAUGUUUAUUGAGAGUGGACUUCAGUCUACACAAGAAAUCACAUGGGAGCAGUUUCAUUCUAUGUUUAAGCAACAUGCCAAUGUAUUAAGUCAAAUGACAUUUCAGGGAUCAACUUUGCCAAUUAUCACUCGCAAUAUUACCAGCAAGAUUUCAUUUAUAGACAAAGGAACUAAAGAAAACACUGACAGUAUUGGUGAAAACCAUACGGACACAGUAGAAUUGGAAGGACAAGAACUUCGAAACAGACGUGGUAGAAUGAAUAAGAACAAGGCGAAUGCACCGCGUUUAUUUACUACGGCAAGAAGAGAAAAAUAUGAGUCAAGUAAAAUCCACCAAAAGAUACAGCAAUUUAAACGGUUAAUUGAAAACUACCGGCGCCAUAUUGUAUGCAUAGUAAUAUUCUAUGGAAUAUCUGCUGGACUGUUUGCAGAAAGAGGUUAUUAUUAUGGUUUUGCAUCUCCAGGAACUGGAAUUUCUGAUACUACCUAUGUGGGACUUAUAGUCUCUCGAGGGGCAGCUGCCAGCAUUUCUUUUAUGUAUUCUUAUAUCCUUCUGACUAUGUGCCGUAAUCUCAUAACUUUCCUGCGAGAGACCUUCUUGAAUCAAUAUAUCCCAUUUGAUGCUGCAGUAGACUUCCACCGCUUGGUUGCCAUGAGUGCGCUUGUCCUUUCAAUUUUACACACAGUCGGCCAUUUAGUCAAUGUCUACAUUUUUUCAAUCACUCCUCUCAGUGUCCUCAGCUGCCUCUUCCCGACAGUGUUCUCAGAUAAUGGAUCUGAGUUUCCACACAAAUAUUAUUGGUGGUUUUUUGAGACUGUACCAGGUAUGACUGGAGUCCUGCUCCUAGCAAUCAUGGCUCUCAUGUACGUGUUUUCUUCAUAUUAUUUUCGACGUGUCAGUUUCCGUGGCUUCUGGAUCAUUCAUCAUCUAUAUGUACUUUUCUAUAUUUUGAUUAUCAUUCAUGGCAGUUUUGCACUCAUUCAACAACCAAAGUUUCAUAUAUAUUUUAUUGCCCCGGCUAUAAUCUUUGUGUUUGACAAACUGAUUAGUCUGAGAAGAAAAAAGAUUGAGAUAGACGUUUUGGAAGCAAAGCAACUUCCCUCAGGUGUAACUUCCUUAAAGUUUCAACGGCCGUCUGACUUUGACUACAAGUCUGGACAAUGGGUCAGGAUCGCCUGUUUGUCUCUUGGUACAGAUGAAUACCAUCCCUUCACACUGACAUCUGCUCCCCAUGAAGAAACAUUAAGUUUACAUAUAAGAGCAGUAGGACCAUGGACGACAAGCCUAAGGCAGCUUUGUUCAUCUCCUUCAUCCCCUAAGCUUUUCUUGGAUGGACCAUUUGGAGAGGGACACCAGGAGUGGAAUAAGUUUGAAGUGUCGGUGUUAGUUGGCGGAGGAAUCGGAGUUACACCAUUUGCUUCAAUCCUAAAAGAUCUGGUCUUCAAAUCAUCAGUCAAUGCAAGGAUACAAUGCAAGAAAAUUUAUUUCAUUUGGGUAACUCGCACUCAGCGGCAGUUUGAAUGGCUGACAGACAUCAUUAAAGAGGUGGAAGAGAAAGAUAGCAACGACCUUCUGUCAGUCCAUAUAUACAUCACGCAACUUAGUGAAAAGUUUGACUUCCGCACAGCCAUGCUGUACAUCUGUGAGCGGCACUUCCAGAAAGUUCAGAGCAGAAGCUUAAUGACUGGGUUGAGAUCUGUCACACAUUUUGGAAGACCACCAUUUACGGGAUUUCUGAAUUCUUUACAAGAUGUCCACCCUGAGGUGAAGAAAAUUGGUGUGUUCAGCUGUGGUCCUCCUGGAAUGACGAAAAAUGUUGAAGAUGCCUGCAAGAAACUCAACAAAAGAGACCAAGCCCAUUUUAUGCAUCACUAUGAGAAUUUUUAA